GAUCUAAAUCCAAUCGUCCAAGCCCUUCGGUAUAACCUUAUCUCCAAUGGAGGCCGGUGGAGGGCAGCAGCCUAGACGACCUGCAGGCCUGCGGCCCCUUGUCGUGCUCUACCCGUCGUUGCUCCUCAACGCCCUCUUCGUCGCGCACCACUUCCUCUUGCCGGCCCGGUGGCUCGGCUCGGCCGGCGACGGUGGCAACUGCGGGCUGAGCUGGACGCUGCAGGCGGCCAGGGAGGCCGAGGCCGUGGCCGCCACGGAUUGCUCGGGCCACGGGCAGGUGUUCCUGGAUGGCGUGGCCGAUGAGGACGGGCGGUCCGGGUGCGAGUGCAACCGCUGCUUCGCCGGGCCGGAUUGCUCCCUCCGGACGCCCAACUGCACCGCCGACGCGGACAGCGGGAACCCGUUGUUCCUGGAGCCGUACUGGAUGCGUCACGCCGCGGCCAGCGCCGUGAUGGUCUCCGGGUGGCACCGCUUGAGCUACACCACCACCGACAGCAUCUUCCAGUCCGUCGAGCUCAAGAACCAGAUCCGGCGGCUGCACAGGGCUGUCGGCAACGCAGUCGUCGAUGGCAAGCACCUGGUGUUCGGCGCCGGCUCCAUGCAGCUUAUCAACGCGCUGGUGCACGCGCUCUCCCCGGACGCCAGCGCCGCCUCACCACCGGCCCGCGUGGUCGCCAGCGCGCCGUAUUACCCGGCGUACAGAACACAGACGACGAUGUUCGAUGGCCGGGAGUACAAAUGGGGCGGAACCACUGCUCUCUGGGCCAACGCGUCACGGAACUCCACCGACGGCUUCAUCGAGUUCGUCACGUCGCCGAACAACCCCGACGCCCUGCUCCACAAGCCCGUCCUCGGCGGCUCAGCGGUGAUCUUCGACCACGCGUACUACUGGCCGCACUUCACGCACAUCCCGGCGCCGGCCGACGAGGACGUCAUGCUGUUCACCAUGUCCAAGCCCUCCGGGCAUGCCGGCAGCAGAUUCGGAUGGGCGCUGAUCAGGGACGAGAAAGUGGCUAAAAGGGCGUACGAGUACGUGCAGAGCAGCACAUUUGGCGCGUCCAGGGACACCCAGCUGCGGAUGCUGCGCAUCGUGAAGGCCAUACUGGCCAACCUGCACGGCAAGGAUGAUAUCUUCGCUUUCGGGCACGACGUGAUGAGAGCCAGGUGGCGCAGGCUGAACGCCGUUGUGUCGAGGUCCCGUCGCAUAUCGCUGCAGAAGAUCCCUCCCCAGUACUGCACCUACUUCAAGCGGAUCAGGGAGCCAUCGCCAGCUUAUGCUUGGGUGAAAUGCGAGAGGGAGGAAGACGAAGACUGCUACGAGGCGCUGCUCAAGGCAAAGAUCAUCACACGCACCGGCGUCGGGAACGAGGCUAGCAGCAGGUACACGAGGGUGAGCCUCCUCAAGUCGAAUGACGACUUCGACGUGCUCAUGGAGAGGAUCACAGAUCUUGUCAAUGCCGAGAAGUACGACGCUCCUAGUUCGAGCUCCAUGUGAUGCUAAUCCAUGGAAGCCUGGAUCGACACCAAUAUUAAAGUACCGGAAUGGUCAACUCCAAGUUGAUUGUUUCUCUUGCUCAUGAUAAGCUGGUGAGUAUAUCAGAAGCUGUGGAUGGGGAUGAAAAUCAAAACACUUAAUACUGGAAAGGAUCAGCUAGGCGCUGAUUGUUCUAUAAAGGAAAUACUGGAACCAUCAACUUGAAAUUGAUUAAUUGUUUAUCAUGAUAGUUAAACUGGUGAGUAUCGUAAGAGUUGUGGAUGGGCAGGAUAAAAACAGUAUUGGAAACCAUCAGCUACGCGCUGAUUGUUCUUAGAAUAGGUAAUGCAUAGGGAAGAUGUGUAUUCAGUAGUGCAUGGAACUGUGUAAGUACUUCAAUGGACAUUAUCAUUAUGUAUUGCAGCGACGUAAUUACUACUUCA